CUCAGAGAAACCCACUGAGCUUUCUUUCUUUCUUUCUCCCUCUCUCUGUCUCUUCGUCGUCGUCGUCGUCGUCGCCGCCGUCGCCGUCGCCGUCGCCAUGGCCACCGAGGAAGAGAGCAAGCCUCCGAGUCAUCCUCCUUAUGCUGAGAUGAUAAUGGCGGCGAUCGCCGCGUUGGGGGAGAAGGGCGAGACGGACGAGUCCGCGAUCGCCGCUUACAUCGAGUCGGCGUACCAGGGCUUGCCGGAGUCGCACGCGGCGCUGCUCACCGCUCACCUCGCCCGCAUGACGGAUGACGGGGAGUUGCACGUCGUCGGCGACAACUACGUGCGGCCCGACCCCACCCCGGCCGCGCCGCCCAAGCGGGGCCGCGGCCGGCCGCCCAAGCCCAAGCCCAAUCCCGCGCUUACCCCCAGCGCCGCUCCGGCAGCGCCCCGACCGCGCGGCCGGCCGCCCAAGCCCAAGGACCCGCUCGCCGUGGCCGUUGCGAAGGCUGCCAGUGGGCUCCCUCGGCGCAGGGGCCGCCCGCCAAAGAGGGUGAAGGCGGCCCAGCCGGCUGGCGCCGAUGCUGGGGCCGCUCCUUCUCCUGCCGUGGUAGGGGUGAAGAGAGGUAGGGGUAGGCCUCCGAAGGUGAAGCCUGCGGUGGACGUCGUUUAACCGAUGAAGAAUUUGGGGAGGGGGGCGGAGUAUGGAAACAACUGCUGCUGAUCGUUCCAAACUUGCUGUUUGCUUACUGAUUUACUUCUGUAGUUGCUGUUAGGCUACUUAGGAUGAGAUGUCCGGUUGAUGACUUGUUGUAAUGCAUAUGUACAUUAAUGCGUGAUGUUAGUUGUUUACUGUGCUAUUGAAAGUGAUAGACUAAAUUGGGCAGGGAGUUUCCUUCCUUUGCUUUCUUUUCUCGA